GAUGGAAAAUGUUUCUAAAACCCUAUUCUAAAAAUGUUAUAAGAAGUUUGUAGGUUUUUUAAAAUUGUGUGUUUUACGUGGGUUGAAAGGACAAAUUUUAAUCGUUGGAAGAUAUUUAAUCGAACGUAAUUUGGGGAAAAUUCUGUGAUCUAGGGAAGGUUUGUCGAUGCAAGUGGAGCUGGUUGCAAUGUUGCAUCAUGGCUUGCGUCCGGAUACACCGCGUCAUUGACGGCGACAUGAAUAUUUAUAUUUUUAUAGAUAGACUCGAAGAAAUUGGAGCAGGUUUUACGGGAAGGUGGUCAAUCACAAUGUAAUUGGAGCAGGUUGCAUGGCGUCAUGGCUUGCGUCCGGAUACAAACACAGAGAAAGAGUGUAUUUCUAAGAAAGACUGUGUGAAGAGGGACAGAAUGAGUGUUGGAGCAGAAAAGGUACCAAAGAGAGAAUGAGUAGUGGAGCAGAGAAGGUGGUGUGCGUAACCGGAGCGUCCGGAUACAUAGCGUCGUGGCUGGUGAAACUCUUGCUCCAACGCGGAUACACUGUCAAUGCCUCUGUUCGUGACCCAAAUGACCCAAAGAAGACUGAACACUUGCUUAUGCUGGAUGGAGCUAAGGAAAGACUUCAUUUGUUCAAAGCAGACUUACUGGAAGAAGGAUCGUUUGAUUCCCUGGUUGAUGGAUGCGAGGGCGUUUUUCAUACAGCCACUCCUGUUUAUCUCAGUGUCAACGAUCCUCAUGCCGAAUUAAUUGAGCCAGCUGUGAAGGGAACACUCAACGUUCUUAGAUCAUGUGCUAAAGUUUCAUCUGUUAAAAGGGUGGUUAUAACAUCCUCAAUGGCAGCGGUUGUAUACAAUGGAAAACCCCUUACUCCUGAUGUGUUAGUUGAUGAGACUUGGUUUUCAGAUCCAGCUUUUUGUGAGGAAUCGAAGCUUUGGUAUAUGCUUGCAAAGACCUUGGCAGAGAAGGCUGCUUGGGAAUUUUCCAAAGAAAAUGGAAUUGACAUGGUAGCAAUGCAUCCUGGGUGGGUGAGUGGUCCCCUUUUACAGCCAACUCUCAAUGCAAGUUUGGAGCCAUUUCUCAAACUUGUGAAAGGGGCUGAAAGUAUUCCAGUUAUGUCUCCCAGAUGGGUUGAUGUUAGAGAUGUUGCUAAUGCACAUAUACUAGCCUUCGAGAAUCCAUCAGCCAGUGGAAGAUAUUGUUUAGUUGGAAGAGUUCUCCAAUUUUCUGAGUUUGUGAAGCUUAUGCGUGAACUCUUCCCUGAUAUAAACGUUCCUGAAAAAUGCGGAGAUGACCAUCCUUUUGCAUCUUCCUACAAGGUAUCCAGGGAGAGAGCUGAAAGUUUAGGCCUUAACUUCACUCCAGUGGAGGUGACUUUAAAGGAUACUUUUGAAAGCUUGAGGGCGAGUAACUUCUUCAAUGUUUGAUGCAUGGCACAUAGGAAAAGGGGUGUUCACUGUCCGUUCCUUCUAUAAGGUCCUCACACAAGUUCCUGAGAUAUAGUUUCCCUGGAGGAGGCUUUGGCGUCAUACAGCUCCUCCCAAAGCUUCUUUCUUUGUAUGGACAGCGUCUUUAGGCAAGAUUCUCAGUAUGGAUAAUUUGAGAAAGAGGAGGAUAAUCAUUGCUGACUGGUGUUGCAUGUGUAAAAGUGGAGGUGAGUCGGUUAAUCAUUUACUUUUACAUUGAGAGGUAGCCAGGACUUUAUGGGAUGAGGUGUUUAAAAGAAUGGACUUAGCGUGGGUUAUGCCGGAAACUGUGUUGGAUGUAGUGGCUUGCUGGACCUCAAUUCGAGGUGUGAGACAGAUCAUAGCGGUUUGGAAGAUGAUCCCUAUCUGUAUUAUGUGGUACUUGUGGCAAGAGCGUAAUGAGAGGACUUUUGAAGACAACGAGAGAUCUUUGGCGGAGAUAAAAAUGUUAUUUUUUAGGACUCUUUGUACUUGGGUCAUUGCUGUGGACUUUAAUGGCAUGGACCUUCAUGACUUCUUAAUUUCUAAUGCACCUACAUAAUUAGGGCAUUUUUAACUUUGUAAUUGACAGUUGUUGGAUUAAUAAAUACUUGUUUUACUUAUCAAAAAAAAAA